UAGAGGGCAGAAAAAGCAAUGUUGGAGAUGUAAAUCUGAACUUCACAAAGCCCAUGAGUGUCCAAAUAAAAUCACAUAUGCAAAACGUGAUACACGUCAACCAUCUGCCCCUCCUGUAACACAUACGGCUGCCAAGGCUGUACCAGAGGCCUCAGAUGAUCCUCAUCCUACAAUAAGCCAAAAUGAUGACAAAACUACUAGCUCAGCUCAGGCUGAAAGCCUUCGAAAUAAUGAUGACGACAAAUCCACAAUAUCACAAUAUGAUCAAGCGGGUAAUUCUAACAAUAUAACUGUGCCACCAAAGUUAUUACACGAAGACGAAGCAGACUCACAAGUUAUAGAAUCAGUGAGUCCUAAUUUUGUAGAUGCCCCCCAAGACUUACCAAAACCAAAUGAAACUACCAAAACUCAAACAAAAUCUCCUGUGCAAAAUAUUGCCUCCAAAUACUUCAGUGGAAAACUCAGAACUCCUCCUACUCCUCCUGUUCGAGAAGUCAUGAAGAAGAAAAAAGACAAUUCACCAAGUCAAAUUGAGGAACGGGAUAUUCUCGAUUGAUAGUUCAUCAAAUUCCAAAAUCAUAAAUAUGAAUAUGUACAUAUUGUAAAAGUGUUAUUUUAUUUGUGUUUACAUUUCUCUGUUUUCAAUUUUAUAUGAGUGAGGUGUUCAAUUUAUUAUCGUUAAAUGUUAGAGGAUUAGGUGAUCCAAAAAAAAGAAUUGCAGUUUUUGAUUUCCUAAAAACUAAUAAAUAUGAUGUUAUUUUUCUACAGGAAACUCAUAGUAGUCAAAAUUUUGAAUAUAAAUGGAAAGAUGCCUGGGGUGGUAACAUUUAUUUUUCCCAUGGCACUUCUGAUAGUAAAGGGGUGGCAAUUUUAAUACACCCGAACUGUAAAAUUGAGGUAAAAGAUGAACUGAGGUUCGAACCACGUGAAAGGUAGAACACUUAUUUUAAAAUGUAAAAUAAAUGAAAGAGAUAUUUUUCUCUGCAAUUUAUAUGGCCCAAAUAACACAAAUGACAAAGUUGAGUUUUACGAUAUAUUAAAUGUCUUUAUGAUAAAUAAUAAUGUUACAUCAGAC